AUGCGAGUUCCUACUGUUGUCAAGCUGGCGGUGGUCGCAAGCGCCUUGUGCUCCAUCACGUCGGCCAAGUCGACCGGUUUCAAGGCUAAUUUCUUGAGCUUCUUUAGCACUGACGACGUCGCUGAUGAGAACGCCAACGAGGCCGAUCAGUUCAGCAUAGACGACCGGACGUGUGUGUACAAGUGGUCUUCGCUGAGCUGCGAACCGAAAGACAAGUGCUCAACCCAGUACAAAUUUGGCGAUGUUACACCGUCCCAAGCGUGUCGUGUGACCCGUACCGGCGACCUCACCAAGAUACCACAGCAGUUGCACGUAGCCUUUGCCGGCGAGAAAGCUGGUACCGGUAUGGCGAUCUCCUGGACCACAUUUGCAUUGGAAGAAGUUCCAGCUGUGUGGAUUGGAGCAAGCGAAUCCACAAUCGUUCGAGUAAAGACAGCGAAGAUCGUAACGAAAAGUUACUACAAGGAAGACGACUACUCUUUGUAUAAUUACCACGCUGUAGUGACUGAACUGGAGCCAAACACCGAAUACUUCUAUAAGGUGGGCAGCUCUACCAAUACAAAGGCUCAAAGUGCUGUAAGCUCGUUCAAGACGGCUCGUUCCAGUGGAGAUGAAAGCCCAUUUGUCGUGGCCGUGUAUGGAGACAUGGGCACGGACGCGAACGCUGUUGCAGCAAACAAAUACAUCAACAACUUGGCAGGAAAGGUCGAUUUUAUCUUCCAUUUGGGCGAUAUUUCGUACGCCGACAACGAUUUCGUGACUGUAGCGACUAUAUUCGGCUUCUUUUACGAAGAGAUCUGGAACAAGUUCAUGAACUCGAUGACACAUGUCAUGCGUCAGAUGGCGUACAUGGUGGUAGUUGGUAAUCACGAAGCUGAAUGUCACUCUCCGACGUGCGUGAGAUCGACCAUCAAAAAAGACCAAUUGGGCAACUACUCUGCCUUCAAUGCACGCUUCCGGAUGCCCUCACCCGAGAGCGGUGGCGUACUUAACAUGUGGUACUCGUUCGAGUACGCGUCGGUGCACUUCACGGCCAUCUCGACUGAAACAGACUACCCAAAUGCACCAACCAACGCAUACUACACGAAACGCAUUUACGGUAACUUUGGAAACCAGUUAGACUGGCUAGAAGCCGAUCUGAAGGCUGCUCAUGCCAAUCGGGCGAUCGUGCCAUGGGUUGUUGUUUGCAUGCACCGUCCAAUAUACAGCUUGCGUACGUGUAAUGCUGAUGGUGAACCCGAAGAAGACGGGUCGAUUGAAGUGCAAAAGGCGUUUGAGGAGCUUCUGAUCAAAUAUGAGGUGGAUCUGGUGUAUCAGGGCCAUGUGCACGCCUACGAGCGACACUUCCCGACAGCAAACAGCAAGGCCAUCAUGACUGGAGUAUCUAAGGACAGAAAAACGUACACCGACCCGGAGGCUCCCGUGUAUGUAAUUACGGGCAGCGCUGGUAAUUCGGAACGCCUAUUUCAAUUCAAAAACCGUCGGUCUCCAGAGUGGCUCGCUCACAAGGACUGCACUCACUACGGCAUUACGAAACUGUCGGUCACCCCAACGAAUCUUACAGUCACGAUGGUCGAAGCUGCCACGGAUACGGUGUACGACGAGUUCUCCAUUAUAAAGACACUCAAACAGGAACAGCGUAACAACUAA